UCUUACCAAAUUGAUAGUGAUUAUAGUGAAGAGGCCCAACCAAAUUUAGAACAAAUGGCCAAGGAACUAAAAUCACUAAAACUUUGGCAAAAGCAAGAAUCCAUUUUGAAAGAAAAAGAGAGAGUUGAAAGAGAACAAUAUCUUGAAACCUUAGAAGAAGAACUUAGAGUUCUAGCCCAAAAACAAGAAAAGGUCCAAGAAGAGAUAAAGAAAAGUAGGAGUAGGAGUCACUCAAGGAGAAGUUCAAAAACUCCCACAGAAAACACAUACCCUGAACAAGAUAGUAGGACUGCUGCACAAUUCUACCAACAUCCUCCACCUAGAAGGUAUAGAAGGGAGAGUGAACAACCACCAAGAGAGAUUAGGAUAGACCUUCCUCAUUUCCAUGGGAAAGAAGAUGUUGAGGCAUACCUAGAUUGGGAAAUGAAAGUAGAACAACUUUUUGAGUGUCAUCAAAUAAUAGAGGAAAGGAAAGUUUCCCUAGCCACCUUAAGCUUUCAAGGGAAUGCCAUGUAUUGGUGGACUGCCCUAGUGAGAGAAAGAAGACUCUCCAAUUCCCCUCAAGUCCAAUAUUGGAAUGACUUGAAGAGUGCUCUAAGAAGAAGACACAUACCUUCCUACUACCAUAGAGAGCUUAUGGAUAAACUCCAAAGGCUCCAACAAAGAACCAUGAGUGUGGAAGAAUAUAGGCAAAAGAUGGAACUCUACAUGAUGAGGGCGGGAAUUAGGGAAGAAGAAGGAACCACAAUUUCUAGAUUUCUAAGUGGUCUUAAUCUUGAUAUUAGAGAUAGAGUGGAAUUGUUGCCCUAUCAAGAUCUUAAUGAUUUGGUACAAAUUUGCAUAAAGGUAGAGCAACAACAUUUGAGAAAAGGUUUGAAAAUUGACCACUCAAACUCAUAUGUUAAGAAAGACUACAAGAGGGAGGGAAAAUAA